UGGAAACUGGAUUGGGGCCGGUGCUGCAUGCUGGGAAUCAGAAGGCCUGGCAGCGGAUUGGUUGAGAUUUGCAGAGAUCGCUGUCCCCCCACGCUGGCCUGCGGUGCCGUAGGACUGGGGAAGGAAAGGGGCGCUGCGCAGUUCCCGUGGACGGAAGCGGGCGACAAACUCAGUGCGUCCCCGCCUCACCAGGAAACUACUAAACUUCCUGUGGAAGCAAAGUAGAAUUUCAUAAGAACAUAAUGGAUGGAGAAGAAAAGACCUACGGUGGCUGUGAAGGCCCUGAUGCUAUGUAUGUUAAAUUGAUAUCUUCGGAUGGUCAUGAAUUCAUUGUAAAAAGAGAACAUGCGUUAACUUCAGGAACAAUAAAAGCCAUGUUGAGUGGCCCAGGUCAGUUUGCUGAGAACGAAACUAAUGAAGUCAAUUUUAGAGAGAUCCCUUCACAUGUGCUAUCAAAAGUAUGCAUGUAUUUUACUUACAAGGUUCGCUACACUAACAGCUCCACGGAGAUUCCUGAAUUCCCCAUUGCACCUGAAAUUGCACUGGAACUGCUGAUGGCUGCGAACUUCCUAGAUUGUUAAAUAAAGUAAAUUAUAAUAAACUGUUAACUUUUUUCAGUAUUUAAUACCUGUAGUUCAGUUAGUAAUUUUUUCAUAUAGAGCAUGUUGCCUGUGCGCAGUUGAACUCUCAAGUUCAUUGCAAAGCAGAUUAUCUUAUGUUCUUUUGCAUAGCAGUCACUUGAAAUUUGUUUGCUACAUCAACAAAUUAAGGACAUUUUCACAAAUUGAGAAAUAAACUAAUAUGCCAGUUCGUAGGUAGUUUGGCCUUAUCCUUUGGAUAUGAUUUUUAAAAUUAGAGCGAUGAUACAGUAAAUGCUGAAAUUUAGGCAUAAUGAACACGUUCUACAGGUAAAUAAUGGGGCUACGUAUUUUUAUGUUUUUAGUGUUUUUUUUAAAAAAACUAUUCUGAUCUUAUAGCCGUCGUUAGCAUUACUGGAAUUAUGCAAAUAAUUGCAUUAUAAACAUGUUUAUAACUUAGCCAAAUAUUGAUUUUUAUAACUGUCGAAGAAGACAUAAGAGUUGAAAUUUCUUAUGCGUCUUUUGAUAAACUGCAGUAUUGUUUAAGUGUAUCUUGUCUUUUUGUUUAUUGCUACAAUUUAAGAACUUUAUUUAAAAGCAAUUUUGGAAGAUUACUAGGUACAGCUUUUGGAGCACUGACUUUUUGAACUGUAGCCACAUGGUCAACAAGUAAACUACAUGACCUUGGUUUCAUGUGCACUGUGCAUUUUAGCCAAUCCAAAGUACUGUACUUACACUGACUAUAAAGCUUCCUUUGCAAUAUUCAUUCUUCUUAUAUAGUCUCUUGUUAUGAUUAUAUUUCUGGAUAUUUAAAUAUGUUUUAGAAGACUCACCAUGAACUUUAUCCAGAUCUUAAAAGCUAGACUUUUCUGAACUCUUCCAAUCUUCCUGCAUCCAACUGAAAUGAUACAAAAUAUGAAAAAUAUAUGGAGAGAUGCAGUGCAGAUCUUAUAAUGCACUUUGAUAUAGUAUAUACAUUAUCUUCUAGUCAUUAAAAUAUGUCCCAAAAAAGCUGAUACCCAUAAUCUGUGGGUCUUCUAUUGAAGUCUAACUUAUAAAGAGGUCAUUCAGCUUUUAUACUGAGCAGACAAAAAGUUUGGAAAACUAUGACAGCAUCUCUGCUGAGGUGUGGGAAAAGCAGCACCAUGGUUUGGUUUACUAUCGUCUCUAUCUUGGGGGUAAAACAAAGUUGUCAUACAGGGUCUAUGAAUUAGGUCUUCAGCUUAGUUCUUCAAGACUGGUUUAAUAGGGACCAGUUUUUCUGGAAACUGCAAAAACCAUAAAUAACCAAGUUCAACAAAUCAUUUUCCUCUUAGAAGACCUAACAUUGUACUUUCUAGCUGAUCGAAAGCAGUUAAAUAUGUUAAUUGCAUAUAUUUUAGUAACUUAAGACAUACUGGUACAUAUUUUAGUAUAGAAGAUUAUCAAGUACAAGAAUUUUAUUCUACUUGGUGACAAUGCCAAUUUAUAAACCUAAAUAAUGAUCUUAAAGGUUAAGGUGAUAACUAGAAUAAAGUUUAACUUUGACGGAUUUUAUAGGUUACUUUAUAUGUUAGAUCCACAAGUAACCUUAAGUUAAAAUAUUGAAAAAGAACUGAAAGAUUAGGAAAACUUGUAUAUCUUGUGGCAAAUGAUACUUGCAUGUUAAUAAAGGCUCUAUUGACUGAAA